UGGGCAUUAGUGGGCAUUACUUAUAGACUGCGGUCCGUUUGUCCUUGUUUAACAUUUGAUGAGCAACAAGGAUGGAAAGGAGGAUGAACAACAAGGAUUUUGUGAGCGCUGUAAGCGCGAAACGGAACGCAGUCCAGCUAUAGCGCUCGAAUAAUGCUAUUGCGUCAUUUGGAUUGAGACGAGUACACGUUUCGCUAGCUGUUUCAGCAGAGCAAUUCCGUUUAUAAUAUUAUACAGUGAUAUGUGUUAUCUGCUAUAACAUCUGGAUAACAUCUGUUAAGAAGAUCUUUUAAACAUCUGUUAAAGAUCGAUUAUUCUUUACGUGAAAAAAGAAAAGAAGUGUCAGAAAGUCUAGACGAUUUGACAUAUAUUAUAACCUCACAUUUCACCAGCAUUUUAAAAAACGACCGGCGCAGAAUUCUUUACUGAUAUCUCGACUGAUAUGUUGAAGAUUCUUUGGAAGAAAUUAUUAAUCAGAAAGAGAUGGCAAACAUAAAUGCAAGAUCCGAAAUAGAUAAUGUUCAGCAAAAAUUAAUUGAUUCAGAAGUUGAUGUAUUUGCUGAAGCAGAAAUGUCUUUAAAUAUAAAAAUACCUAUAACUUUAAAAAACUUAUUAAUAGUCAAUGGUUUCGAAAAUGAAAUCGUUAUAGCCAAUCUGAACGAUUGUGAUAUUACAAACAUUAUAUCGUUUACAAGGAACGAGUUACAUCAAAUUGUAGAUAAAGAAGAUCUACCUAAAUAUUAUGGUCUGUAUUGGAAAAAUCCAUCCUUAUUUGAAAUAGUACCUGGACAUAGACAUAUAAUAUCUCUUCUAUCUGAUUAUUAUAAAAAAAAAUUAUUACAUAAAGAUGCCGUAAAAAAUAUGUAUAAAAUAAAAGAACAGUCAAUUAAAAAAACUAAGAAAAGAAGCCAGAUAUUGAGUUCAAACUCAAAUCACGCAAGCACCUCAACUUCUCAGUCAUCUAUAAUAAACGAAGAGCAAGGCGAAGAGAUAAGGGACAAUUUACACCUUUGCACAUCUGAAGAACCAUCGGAUCCUAUAAUUUUAGAAGAAAGACGAAUACGUGAAGCAAUUUUUUCUUGGACACAAGGAAAAGUAACCAAAGAUGGAUGGCUAGCUUUAAGAAAAGCAUUUGAUAAUAUAAGCGUAAAAAUAAGAUUAGAUGCAGAUGAAUUCUAUUGUGCAAUAAAAUGCUUUUGUGGUGUAAAUUAUAUUAUAUCUAAGUUUCCUAAAAAAGGUUCAAAAUCGAAACGUUGGAUUUAUUCUAACUUUCAAACGCAUUUACUUAAAAAACAUAUUCGAAACACAAAUUCAUCUGCAACUAAAUCAUUUGUUAAUCAAAAUCGUAUUACUGAUUAUGUAGCAAAAACGCCAUCAAAAUUUUCUAACGCAAAAGUAAUUCACAAUACUGAGUUUCCAGAAAAUAUAAAGAAAACUAGUCAACUCAUAGAUAAUAAAAAUAAUAAAGCGGAAGUUGUAGAUAUAAUGGAAGUUAUAGAUAAAGAAAUUAUUUUUGAUACAGUAAAUGUAAUAAGUACAAUAGAAGAUACGGAUAAUAAGAAUAAUAAAGCGGAAGUUGUAGAUAUAAUGGAAGUUAUAGAUAAAGAAUUUAUUUUUGAUACAGUAAAUGUAAUAAGUGCAAUAGAAGAUACGGAUAAUAAGAAUAAUAAAACGGAAGUUGUAGAUAUAAUGGAAGUUACAGAUAAAGAAAUUAUUUUUGAUACAGUAACUGCAAUAAGUACAGUAGUAGAAGAUACAAAUAAUCAAAUUACAGAUUCGCAAAAAAUUAAUGAAGAGCAUAAUAUUGACUGUUCUGUUUCGGAUUUUAUUUAUGUUGAUAAUUCCAAUAUUGAUUCUAAUAUUCCUACUUGUUCUAGCUUUAAGGUAAAUACUAGUCAAUGUGACAAAUGGAAAAGUUUAAAAUACCAAAAAUCUGAAAGAUUAAGAAGAAAUCGAGAAAAAUUAACUCCUAAUCAAACUUUGAUAACUGAUUAUUUUACUUUAGCGGAAAAAAUUUCUAAAAUUAUAUGUCAUGAUUUCGAAGCAACGAAAAAUCUUUUACCUAAAAUUAAAAGUUCAGAAAUUGAUUUUACUAUUACAGAUAAUGAAUUAGUUAUGAAUAAUUUUUUAAAAAAACUUUUAGACAUAUCAUUAAAAAAUUCGGAGAGUGCAAACAGAAAUUCAUAUGAUGAAGCUACAAAAAAAUUUAGCACGUAUCUUUAUUAUGUAGGAGGAAGGUUAUUAUAUGAGACAUUACAGGCAAAUUUACCGAACGCAUUGCCUUCGAUAAGUACUUUAAAUAGAUAUUCAUGUAAUAAACGUCGUGUUGAGGAAGGUGAAAUAGAUUUUGAUGGUUUAAUGCAGCAUUUAAAAGAAAGAAAUGCUUCAAAAAUAAUUUGGAUUGCCGAAGAUGCUACACGAAUUACGGGAAAAAUUGAAUAUGACUCUCGAUCAAAUAAAGUGCUUGGAUUUGCUUUACCUUUAAAGAAUGGCUUACCCGACCAAAAUAAAUAUGUUGCUACAUCUGCAGAAGUUAUACAGAAUUUUUUUAAAGUUGGUAGCAAAGCAGCAUAUGCGUACGUAAUAAUGGCUAAAUCUUUAACUUGCAAUGUCCCUGCAUAUUGCUUAUCUCUUUUUAGCACAGAUAAUAAAUUCGAUGCAAAAGAUGUUUUAGAAAGGUGGAGUUUCAUGAAAAAAGAAGCAAAAAAAUUUGGUAUUACUAUUGCAGGGUUCUCAUCUGAUGGUGACACCCGUUUGUUGAAAGCAAUGCGUCUUAAUAACUGCUUACCAGUUAUAAACAAUCAGAUAUUUCCGUGGAACAAGGAAUGGCCUUGGUUUCAAAUAGACAUAAAUAAAGUAGAAGAAUGUUAUGUACAAGAUACAACGCAUAUUAUAACCAAAAUGCGGACAAGAUUAUUAAAAGAAGGGAUAAUUCUUAAAAUGGGAAAUUAUUCGGCUACUGCAGAUCAUCUUCACUAUUUGGUGAAAACUGUAUCAAAAGAUAAACAUCUUCUAACUUCUUUAGAUUUAAAAGGAGAAGACAAAAUGAAUUAUUCCGCAGGGGAAAAAAUGUGUUCCUUACCUGUAAUAAAUAAUUUAAAACAAAUUACUAAUACGGACGGUACAAUUGCUUACUUAAACAUAAUGAAAUAUAUAAUACAAUCUUUCUUAGAAGAAUCUACAACAUUAAGCGAUCGAGUUUAUUUCAUGUGGUAUUCAGUUUUCUUUCUAAGAAUAUGGCGAGCAUGGAUAAAAAGAAAUAAACAAUUCACUAUAAAAGACAACUUUUUAACUAAUAACUGUUAUUUGUGUAUAGAGUUAAAUGCUCAUAAUUUAAUAAAACUAAUUACUCUAUUUAAAGAUAGCAGGCAAUCUCUGACGCCUGAAAUGUUUCGUCCCACUAUGUUUAGUAGUCAAAUGUGCGAAAAACUUUUUCGAACAGCUCGAUCUAUGACUUCCACUUAUUCUACAAUUAUUAAUUUCAGUAUUAAGGAUUUAAUUUAUCGUAUUGAUAGGAUCAAGCAGAUAAAUACUAUAACGAAUGAUCUUUCAGGUGUAUUUAAAUUUCCCAGAGAAGAUAAAAAAAUGUUAAAAACACAAAAUGUCCUAACAUAUGAAGUCAUAGAAAACUUAAAAAUCAAUGAAAUUGUCGAUAAAGCUUUGAAAGAUGCUAUUAAAAGUACCGAAGAAUUAGGCAUGAAAAUUGAAAGUGAUAUAGAUUGGAAAUUUGUUGAUAUUCCUUUGCAAACUGUAGAUGAUGAAUGUAAAUUCGAUGAUACAGAACGUGAAAUCGAUAACAAUUGCUCUAGAAAUGCUAGAAGCACAAAUGUCGAAGAUGUUGACAAUUCAAUUUUAUUUGACAAUCCUGAUGAUGAUUUAAAAUUAGAGAAUCUAGAAUUAAAAGACUUUUCCAAACAAAUAUCACAGAAAUCAAUAACAGAAAAUUCGCCAUUCAUGGAGAUUAAAGUAAAUGACAAAAAUAUGAUUGUUAAAAAAUCUUCUUAUUGUUGGUUUCUUGAUGAAUGUAAUGGAAAAGUUAGUACGGAUAGAUUACGAAGAUUCAUGACAGGUAAUAAAUUAAAUAAGAGAACAAAAAACUGUACAAAAAUGCAACCUGAAAAAAAGCAAAAAUAUCUUAAAAUUUCCAAUUUUUCUAAACAAAAUCAAACAUGUAAUGAAUCAGAAGAUGAAAGUUUCGUUGAAGACGAUCCUAAAGUCUGCAACGCGAGCGUAUCUGAAGUACUAUUAGAAAAAUAUUAUGCCGUUUUUUACGAUGACAACUACUAUAUUGGCCGGGUUGUUGAUCAUUGUGAUACCAAUGUAAAAAUAAAGUUUUUAAAAUAUGAACUUAAUUCUUUUAUUUGGCCACGUGAUGAAGAUGUGGCAUUUGUUGAAAAAAAGUAUAUUUUCUAUGGCCCAAUUGAAUUAGUCGGGACCGGACCUUUUGUGUUAAAACGUUGUGAUUUUGCGGCUAUACAUAAAAAGUAUAAACUAAUGAAACGUUUCGAACUGUAGACUUUUUAUUUGUUAAAAUUAAUGUUAAUUUGCCUGGACUUUUCUCUCGAGAUUGGAUUAAAUGUAGGUAUCUCCUUUAUGUAUGUACAAAUUCUAAAUAAUAUUUUUGUUUUAUUUAUAUAUUAAAGAAGAUAUCUUU